GCGGGGCCUUUUCGAGCCACGCCCCACCCUGCGCGAGGCCUGGGGCGCUGCACCCACAGACGCGCAGACACACACACACACUUCGCGGCGCACUUGGGGUGUGCACCAGCCCUUCUGAGGUGAUCCAGAGCGGGAGCCGUGCGCGGGAGGAGGCGGGAUCUUCAUUCACGGUUCUGCCUUGGAGUUCUGACAACUUCCCCCUGUGUGGUGUCGCUGCGGGGCGGUGGAAGGGCCUGGAGACUCCAUGAGUCAAGAUGGCCGUCCUCUCCAAGGAGUACGGGUUCGUGGUUCUGACCGGCGCCGCCAGCUUCAUCAUGGUCGCUCACCUCGCCAUCAACGUCUCCAAGGCCCGCAAGAAGUACAAGGUGGAGUACCCCACCAUGUACAGCAUGGACCCGGAGAACGGACACCUCUUCAACUGCAUCCAGCGAGCCCACCAGAACACGUUGGAAGUGUACCCUCCCUUCCUGUUCUUCCUGGCCGUGGGGGGCGUGUACCACCCGCGAAUAGCCUCGGGCUUGGGCAUGGCCUGGAUUGUUGGACGAGUCCUUUACGCCUAUGGCUACUACACAGGAGAGCCCAGCAAGCGAAGCAGGGGCGCCCUGGGCUCCAUCGCCCUCCUCGGCUUGAUGGGCACAACCGUGUGCUCUGCCUUCCAGCAUCUUGGCUGGGUUAAAACCGGCUUGGGCGGGGGGUCCAAAUGCUGCCAUUAAAGAAGUAUAGGGGGUUAAAUGUGCUCAUUCACUUUGAGUAACUUUUAUUUCCAGUUCCUUUUUUUUUUCUAAAUAUAAUAAAACUUCUCUGGCAUCGG